AAUGUUCAUUACUGGGUCUUAAAGUUUUUGAGAGAUUGCCCUCCACCCUAUAUCAACACUGAGGUUUUCCUGAACUGUAUGGUGUAACAUGCAGAAAACAUUUUUUUUUACCAAGAUAAUUGCACAUGGCCAUGGCCAUUAUUGGGAAUCAAUCAGUGAAGCUAGUUUUGUUUUUAUUUGCAGAAAUGUGGUAUCAGAUCUUUCUUUGGUGUUUGGCAACCUCAGUGUUUAUUCACUGUGUUUCAGCUGGUGUUGCUUUCUUUGCUUUACGGCAGCAUUCACGUGGCAUGUUUUUCCCUCUUCUCAUAAUCUUCGUUGGAUUUCUUUAUCCUGUGACUGGAGGAAUAAUUACAAGUGCUACAAUAGGAGCUGUGUAUCGAACUGCACAUUUCACCAUGCCUCGCUAUGCUGCAUUUCUUUGGGGUGCUGGACAAGCGUUCAUAGGAUUUUUGGUAUCUUAUACACGGAUAUUGGCUACCCUGUGACGCAAGAAUGUGAUUGUGAAUCAAUGUAACUUUGAGCUGCUUGAUAAUGACAAACAGAGUAAAGGACUAGGAACUAGUUAAACUUCAUGUACUAUAUAUGGGCACAUACUUUGUGUACUGUAUGGGGCAUAAUUUGACUCAACCUUUGAAGGAAGAAAGAACAUAAUUUACAGAGUAUGCCAGGCCAUGUUUUCUCAUCACAACUUAUCACUAAACAAAGGCAGCAAGUAGAGAUGGAAACAUAAGUUUAUUUUACAAGGCAAGAGAAGACACCAUAUACAUUGUUGGUUAUAUAUACAGAUUUUAUGUGUACUGCUAUUGGUCUGUGCAUUCCACAAGAAUGUACUAAAAGAACCCUUCACUUGGAUGUGUUUACACAAGUUCUAUUAAUAAAUUCAGUUUUAGUCA